AAGGACUUCCAUCAAAAUCAAUUGUACAACCUAAACCCCCUUUCCAUAGACAUUAUAUUUCGAUCUCUCAAACAAAACCAAAAUCCUACAAUCCAGCCCCUUAAGGAUCCCAAACCACAAUUACAGUUCAUGAAACUCAAUAUUUCAAGAGUAAACUUCGAAAUAUACCACAAUGAUUUAAAAAAUAAAAAUAAAAGUUAACAACAAACACAAAACACAUAAUAGGGGUGACAUUCAACAAUACUACUUACAGAUGUGUUCAAUAUUACCUUUUCUUUGAAGCCUCAACCAAAGAUGACACUGCCGUAUUGGUUCUUGGGAAGAGGGUCGCACGUGGUUGAGAGGGGGGGGGGGGGAGAGGAGUAAAAAUCUAUUUUAUUUUUUUUUUCGAAAAAAUAUUGCCCAAAAUGCAUUUCCAUAAGGGCUCCUCGCUCAUUUUCACAAUCUGAAUAAAUGGCCACUUCUUUCUUACACUCGCCGGCGCGCUUGAUCAUCCUCCAUGGAAGCUCCCAUCAAUCCAAAUUACCAUCUUCCAAAACGAGCUUUUAUUUGGUCAACGAAGGACCCUUACAACUGAAGUCCAAAUGUUUCACUAAACUUCUGGAAUCUGCUUCUCUAGGUCAUUCCAAGAACUCAGAGUUCCCAAGAUUUUCGAUUCCGAGAACCUCUACGGACGAUGUUCUUCAAACAAUUGAAAACGAGGGGUUCUCAGUGAAUGUGGAGAAACCGGCGAAGUUCCUAUUCUGGGUGCUCUUCUGGGCUUCUGUCUCCGUUGCGCUCUUUGCUGUUUCUAAGGAUGCUAAGGCGGCGGCGGAUUCUAUCAGAACGUCCGGUAUUGGUUUGAAGGUGGCUACUGCUUUGAGACGGCUGGGCUGGGCGGACGAGGCUGUGGUGUUUGCCUUGGCUACGUUGCCUGUCCUUGAGCUUCGUGGGGCUAUUCCUGUGGGUUACUGGUUGCAGUUGAAGCCCUUUUCCCUUACUGUGUUGUCUGUUUUAGGGAACAUGGUUCCAGUGCCCUUCAUUGUGCUUUACUUGAAGAGGUUGGCAACCUUCCUGGCAGGGAAGAAUGAGUCAGCAACCCAGUUUCUGGAGAUGUUCUUUGAUUGGGCGAAGAAGAAGGCUGGUCCUGUAGUAGAAUUUCAAUGGCUCGGGUUAAUGCUCUUUGUGGCUGUACCAUUCCCAGGAACUGGAGCUUGGACCGGAGCGAUUAUUGCAUCAGUCCUGGAAAUGCCAUUCUGGUCUGCUGUUUCAGCAAACUUUGUUGGUGUAGUGCUGGCUGGCCUCUUGGUAAACUUGCUGGUGAACGUCGGGCUCAAGUAUGCCAUUGUGACUGGAGUAAUUCUAUUCAUCAUUUCAACUUCCAUGUGGGGUGUCCUUCGCAGUAUAAAAAGAUCUCUUAACUCAUCAACAUGAAGUUCUACAACAACAACAUCCCAGCCUUGAUCCCAAAAGAUUUUGGGGUUGGCGUCAACAUGAAGUCCUAUUAUGUAAAAAAUGUGGACUGUAACUUUUCAUUACAUUUCAGGCAGCUUCAGGACAUUAAAUUCAUUUGUUGUGACCAGGGUGCGCCCUAAAUAUUGCAUGUAUCUGAUGGGUUGACUCAAUUAGUUUCAAGUCACUUGAGUGGUAUCUUAACUGGGUAUAACAUGCUGGCUUCG